UUACAUUUAGAGUUCUAGGACUUCACUCUAUGCUAAAGGUGGUCAAGCCCUGUGAUUGGUGGAGCUGCAGGUCAUGUGCCGUCUGUCUUGAUAGUGAAAGCUUUGCCUCUUUUACAGUGUGACAGGUGCAGGCACCUUUAAAGUGCAAAGAUGAAGCACCCAAGUGACAUGUCACCCCACAGCUGCUGCUUCCUCCUCCUCAUCAUCAUCAUCUCUUUCUGGGGCACAGGAGUUCAGUCCUUUUCCUUAGUACAAACGUCAAAGUCACCACUUGUACUGCUCAAAGAAAACACAGAAAUGUUCUGCACCAUGAAAAAUCAGAAUAUUGACCAGAUAGGAGUUUACUGGUAUAAACAGACGUCCGCGACUGCAGACAAGCUGGAGUUUGUUGUUUUCUCACAUAUUCUAAACAAGAUCAGAUAUGGCUCCCUCUUCUCCUCAGAACGUAUCUCGGUGGCCAGGGAAAACUUUCGGAACACGUUUACCCUGAAGAUAAAAAAUCUAGAGUUUUCCGAUAGUGGAGUCUAUUACUGCAUGGUGGAGAAUGCGGGAAAAGUAGCAUUUGGGAAUGGAACCUCCCUGCAAGUCGUGGAGACGUUGCCCACUACAGCAGCGCCAACGACAACAACAAAGAGAAAACCUUGUAAAUGUAAAAAGCCGCAGACUCCCAGUCCAGUUAUCUGCAGUGCUGUGGUCUGGGCUCCACUUGCUGGAUUUGCUCUUAUUCUUGUGAUAGUCUUGGGCGUCACUGUCUCCUAUACAAAGCGAAUCUACAGAAGAACCCAGCAGUUCUACAGGAAGCACCCACUGAAUUAGGAAGAACUCCCCCAUGAGCCCUGCUAGAGACUCGGGAUUCCACUCCAAAUUUAUGGACAGACAGAGAUCUAAGGAUUGUUGAGCUGCAGCAUCACUGAAUGGCUUCUAACUACUGGCCAGUGGCUAGGAUAAAUGGCACCCAUGGCAACCGGAUGACUCCUUAAACUAAAAAGCCGCAGAACAAAAUGAUCAUUUGAAAACAACAAAACCAAAGACUAAAGAUAUCGCUGGUCUAGAUACAAAGAAGGCUCUGACUGUCAUUGGCUGUUACAUGAAGAGAUGAAGCUGCCAGUUGCAAACACCAGCUCUUCAGAAUUUAAAUGCAUAAAUGUCAGCUUAGGGCUGUUAAGGACUUGAUCAUGAAUUCACGCAUGGAAUGGAGCUUUUGUUGUAAAAAGAAGCCCUACUUAGCUUAAGCAGUAAUGUAAUGUAAUAAAAGGUGCCUCAAUUACAAAGUGUGGGACAGGGUGCAAACUGUAAAAAACGGUUAAAAACACAGUAUUUUUCACACUUUUGCACCCUGCUCCCAUCCUUGUGCAAUAGAUUGUAUAUAUAUAUAUACGGCACCUAGGUGUCUCCAAUCCUGCCCCCUGAAAUUUCUUCUCAAUUAGAGGCACAAGGUAGGGGGUUUCAACAAGUCCCCAGGCACAAGUGUUUUCUAAAUAAGCAUAAGCAGGUACCCGUUACUGCUCUAGCACCUGCAUCUGUAAAUAAGGCACACUAAGCUUGUCCAGGUCAUAACAACAAGCCAGAGCUGAGCAGCCAGUGUUACUCGUUGGUUGUCUAUAAUGGUGGUACAGUAUGAAAUGGAUUUGGAGAAAGUAGAGGAGUAGGAGUUGCAAAAGACUGUAGAACUGAAAAACAAGACUUCUGGAAUGGCUGCUUCUGCUUCUUACAAGUCUUCAGUAAAAGCAAAUCAAAGUUUCCAACGUUUAAUUUAUAAGAAAUGUUCUGCAGUGACCAGAAUAAUCUACAUUGCACUGUUUAUUGCACAUAACAGUAACAGGUGCAAAGCUUGUGCCAGGUCUAGUAACCCAUAGCAACCAGUCAGCAGUAGGUCUGCUUAAAGGGAUACUGUCAU